AAGCUGGCCGCCUUCUCUUCUUGACCUCCACGAGCAAGCACGGUCGGGGCAAGCACUCCCCCCUUGUACCCUUGGACCACUUUGCCGCUCUGACGGGACGGAUCUCACUAGGCCGCGGCAGCGAAUUUUCACAGAACUGAGGCAAUGAAGUCAAUCCAAUGCUUGAUUUCGCCAGCUGCAAGUGAUCCAGUGUCCUUCCCCGAGCGCCACUCGGAGCGAGAAGCGACGGAGCAGGGCCCUGAUGGGGCCCGUACCUUGCGUGCGCUUCUGUUGGUCAUAGAAGUCGCGGGUCAAGAAGAAGGCCGACGGGAGCGUGCAGGAUUCCGCCGAUGGAAUGCUAUUCGAGAAUGUUGGGAGAGCAGUAUAAGUACAGAGGCGGGGCUGCGGUGUUGCAUUGUCUGCAGAGUUCGAUCGUCUGCAUACUCACAACCCACUGCAAAACGCGAUGCACGCUUCAAUCUUUCUCCAGCUCGCUGUCUUCAUCGGAAUCGCCGCGUCGUCCGCGCUGCACUUCGUCGAUCCACGGGACGGCGCGCCCAAGUACUACACCCAGUGUGUGGAGGAGGGGCAAAUGGCGAUCGCUUUUGACGAUGGGCCGUGGAUCUACGAGCCUUACAUCCUCGACGUCCUCAAGCAGGCGAAUAUCACGGCGACAUUCUUCCUCAACACGAACAACUACGGCUGCAUCUACAACGAAACCCUCCUCGAGCAAGUGCGCGCGGUCAUUGCCGCCAACCACGUCGUCGGAUGCCACGGCGAGCGGCACCUCGACCUGACCACCCUCAACGACACCCAAAGGAACGCGGAGAUCGGCAAUUGCCUGACUGGGAUCAAGAAGGUGACAGGGUACCUCCCGGCGUUCUUCCGGCCCCCGUACGGCGCACAGAACGCCGACGUCUUGAAAGCACUGGCCGCAUUCAAUCUGACCGCUGUUGGCUGGGACGAGGACACCGAGGACUCUAAAGAGGGUGCGACGUACGCAAACAGCAAAGCGGUCGUAGACGACAUGGCCAACAGCGGGUUCGACCAGGGCAUGGCUUUGUGGUUGAUGCACGAGACCUAUGAAUUCACUGCGAAGCAAUUGUUGCAGUACAUCAUCGACGUGGGUAACGACCAAGGCUUUACCUUCGUCACUGUCCCCGAAUGUCUCGGCAUGAAAGGCAUGGAGUAUCAGUCCAUUGGCCAGCCUGCCAAGCGUGACUUCACGUGGCAUUGCUGAUUUGCGAGGAUGUGUUAGCCAUGAUUGUAGUGAGACUAGUCCAAUUCGACGAGAGUUUCAAGAACGGGGUUUUGCAAGAAGGCGAAGAGUAAGAAUAGGACAUCCAAAUAGUAAGGAAACUCCUUCGCAUAUCACAAGCUUGUCUUCGACUCCGAGUGCAUGCCUUGCUUU